UUCGUAGACAAAUACAUCCCGUGUUGCCAUUAACGAUGAAGCUGCUCAACAUACUACCGGUCGCUGCCUACUUUUUCCUCUUCGUUCUACUCUCCUCAAGCGACUUCAACGAGCGAAGAUCAUUGGUGCAAGCUCAGGAGCCACUGUUCGAGCUGCCGGUUCAGCUGAUCGGCUUCCCCGUGAUCAUUCUCUCCGUUCGAUUGGCAAACUUUGCUAAAAAACUUGCCUACUCACUAAACCCAAAAACCUACCAAUCUCGCAGCCGCCGAGAGACUCUGCAUCCAGAGGAACUGUCACGACUAGCGAUCGAUGUGGUACAGGCCGAAAGGAAAAUUCUUCACGAGUUCGGACCGAAAGCAUGUAUCGAGGAGGAACCGUGCCGUAUUCAUGCCGUCAGCAGUGCUCGUCUAGACAACUACCAACCGGACUGGGAGGACAUUUUGAAAAACUACAAAUCGCAAUCGAGUGGCAUGAAACAGUGGUACCUGCUGUCCGUGUUCCUUGGCGAUUACUUGCGGGACGUGCAGUUCUGCAAGCAACUGGCCAAGCGAUUAGACUGCAAUCGAUACCAACGGCCGUUCCUGCGAGACUGA